UCCGCCCCAUCAUCGUCGUCGUCAUCAUCAUCAUCUUCAUCAUCGUUCUCUACGCGGUAAGAACAUACCAAAGCCACCACUGCCAGACUCUGUAUAUAUACCAUUCCAUUUCAUGAUCAAAUAGUAUAGUCUAUACAUACAUACAUAUAUUCACUUUAAAUAUAUUUGGUGCACAUCUGUAUUGCUUGUUGGAUCAAAUUCUCAGAGCUGAAAAAAGGGUGACAGUUUUCGGAAUGGGCCGUUGGAUCAGACCAGAGGUGUAUCCUCUAAUGGCAGCAAUGACCUUUGUAACCAGCAUGUGUGUUUUUCAGCUAACAAGGAACAUGCUCACGAACCCUGAUGUCAGAAUCAACAAAGCACACAGGAAGACGGCAGUGCUUGAAAAUGAAGAGGAAGGAGAGAGAUACGCCCAACAUGGCCUCCGCAAUUUCCUCCGCACUCGCCCUCCCGAGGUCAUGCCUUCCAUCAACCACUUCUUCUCCUCCUCCGACACCACCAAAUAGAUCUAAAAAUAUAAAUACAGUACAUGAUUUGAAGGAAACUUAUAUAUGUAUAUUUGGUCCACAAUAUUCAUCAAGUUCUGCUCUGUACUAUUAAGUACUGCUUGUGUGUUGUUUUAAAACUGUGUGACUCGUCCAUGUUAAUUACAAUAAAAAUUAGCUUAUGCUCUCCUUUUGUUCA